UGAGAAAGGGCUCACCUUUCGAAAGCAAGGCUGGAGGCAACGACAAUGGAUUCUGAUCCCCCAUUACCGUUUGCUCCUCGUGCUAAACGUACCUCUACCCCGCGAACCCUGGUCAAUGCGCCUAGUGCCCCUUUCCCAUUCGCCCAUCGUACAACGGGAUUCAACUUCGAUGGACUCUCGGGGCCGCCUUCCAGCGACACUCCACUAUUUUCUAGCGACGAUUUUCAACCAGGUUUAGAGGAUUACACGCCCGCGUUGACCUCGGCGCAAGAAGCGACUGGAGCGCCCUGCAAUGGCCGGGGGGAUGGAGGUGCGCGGAAGCGACGGUAUCGUGGGACAUGGUGGGGCGAAAAAGUCCAGUGUAGGAAGAAGAGGACGAGGACGGGAUUUAAGAAUAAGAGAGAUAUGGAUAGCGGCGUGUGGAUGAUGAGUAGUGACGACUCUGCCGGUUUGUUAAGUUCGGAUAUUCUUGAUGACGAUGGGGAAGGAGGAAGGGGAAACGGACACGCGUAUACACAUGAGGAUAAUAUUAUGGACAGCCCGGUCACGCUGGACACCGUACAGCCUUCAACCGCGCUCAGAGGGGAUAAGGCAUCCAGAAAGUUUCUCAGGACAGAUCGAGCGGCUGAAACCGAAGCGCAGAGACAUGCGAGGUCUGCCAUAGAUCGCUGCUUAGAGGAAGGAAAUGAUAAUGUGGACCUCUCAUACUUUAAUCUCCAAAAGAUUCCUCCGGGCACGUUCCAGCCCCUCAUCCAAUUAACAAAGGAACCCGCUCUGGAAAACGCCCCGACCUCUGAGGAAGGAUAUAGUCCCUUGGAACCUUUCCUCCGCCUAUACCUCGCACAGAAUUGUCUCACAUUGCUCCCCAGAGAGAUGUUCGAUCUUCAAGGACUAAUGGUCCUUAGCUUGCGUCAAAACGAGCUCAAUGAAAUCCCUGGCGCGAUUCAAAAGCUAACUAACCUGCAAGAUUUAAACCUUGCAGUUAAUAGACUUGAACAUCUCCCAUGGGAAUUACUCAGCCUUAUGCAAAAAGGCGACUUGAAGCGAUUAACUGUCCACCCGAAUCCAUUUAUCCAGCUGGACGAGCUCAACAUCGCCGAAUGGUUCUGGGACAUUGAAGAAGGAGACGCUCCUGUCACAGAAAGACUAAAACCUAAUACCUAUUCCGGCGAUGCAAACCCGAAGGUGUGGCUCCCGAUCCACAUCGCAAACAGCCCGGUUAGCUACUUCGACAUGGAAGGAAAUCCGCUGAGUCACAGUGACACCCUACCGCCACCCAAUCGCGCCCAAUCCCUCCGUGAACUGUCCCUUCAAGCCUGUCUUCGCUCGCCGCAAGUUUCCCACUUUCUCGACCUCACGGCCCUUGAUGCAGCGGAGGAAGAGCACCCCGAUUUUCCGGCUUUCGUCGUGCGCCUCCUACGGCUUGCAAAACAGGUCAAGCUCACCGGCGACCGAACGUGCUCGGUAUGUGCACGAACAUAUGUGGUCCCUCGAGCGGAAUGGGUAGAAUGGUGGGACUGUACGCCGUAUGAAAAUGGAUCGAAGAUUCCGAGGGUGGCUGGGCAGCGAUUGUGGCCUCUACCUUUUUUAAGGCGGGGUUGUAGUUGGGCAUGUGGGAGGGACAUUCAAGACAAACAAACCUCAAACCAGAAAAAUUGUUAAAAGAAAUUUAGCGUCCGGCAUAGAGCACAGAGAACUAGAAUAAAUAACCGUUAUUGGGACGCAUUGUAUAACAAAAAAAAAA